UUUUAUUAAAAAUGCGUCAACGAGGUAGACCUCGUCGUUCAUCAAUGCCUGCAGUGGCACAUAAUAAAUCUUUUGAUCACCCUUAUGGUCGUCAACAACAAAGUCCUCCAGAUCGUUAUCAUUCAAAACAAUAUUACAAUAGUGGAGGCCCAGAUAGUGGUGCUGAUGGAGAGGGGGAAGAUGACGAUAGAGAAAGGCAACUUUCUGAUCGUUAUUCAAGAAUUCAAUUGGUAGAUCAUUGUAAUUCAAUGCCGCCUGUUGGGCAAGUGAAGAAUACAGCUGUGAGUUCCUCUGUCUCACAACUUCAAAGCUAUUUUUAUUCUGGUCCUGACCAUCAUCCUUAUGAUGUAACUCAUCCACAACAACAUUUUACUGAACUUAGUUCUUCUGAAUACUUAAACUAUCCACAACGAAUGGACGAUGAGGAAUUUGAUAGAGGUCAUCCAACAAGUCAGGAUGAAGAAGAAGAGGAAGAUGAGGAGGAGGAAGAAUGUGAAGAAGAAAUAUUUGCUUCAGUUGGUCCAUCAAGUUCAAAGAGGAAACGGGCAUUUUCUUUUUCAAGUGCUUCUUGUGCCUCUACAACAAAUACAAUGACAAUUAGUUUGGCAGCAGCAGGUGGAUGUGCGGGGUCAUCAACAAACUUUGCUCCAAUGGAGAAACGUCCAGCAACGAAAAUUUGUCGUGUUUGUGGGGAUAAAGCAUACAGUUAUAAUUUUAAUGUGAUAACUUGUGAAUCUUGCAAAGCUUUCUUUCGACGUAAUGCCAACAAAGAAAAAGUAAUUUUGGGGGUUUUUUACAGAAUGAGGUUGCAAAGAAUUGAGCUAGACAAUCUGGAAGAUCCUUUCGAAGGAUUCUUUCGAAAUCUUUUGAAUUUUUUUGUAUAUCUGACCAAGGAAAUUUAG